AUGUUCGAACAAUAUAUUCGAGAGCUUAAUAUUUAUAGUCGAUUCAAAAUGCGAAGAAUGGGUCUAGCCGAUGAAAAUAUGUAUUAUUUGUGUCAAUGUGAUGAUCGAUUGAAUAAAAGUGGAAAUGGUAGAGCUGGCAGACAACAGGUACUGUAGGGUACUGUAGGAGCGCCAGAAAAUUUGAAAAAAAAUGUUUUUUUCAUAUUUCAAAUUCAUUUUUGCAGGAGCAAAAUAUGCAUUGCACGGCGUUUAUCCGGGUUUUCGAUUGGCGGCAUAUUAGUAAACGAGAAGCCACUCCUGUCACUAUUGACUACUGUAUGGAUCAUUUGGAGCAUGUUCAUCAACAUGGUGAGUGGUUUCAGAUUCUUCAGGUGGUUGCGGUCAGUUUGACACCCCACAUGACCUAAUUUUCGCUGCGGGACCCUACAGUAACCCGAAAUUUUAAAAUUGUCCAAAACACACUGUGUUUGGUGUUAAAAUUAACGGAUUUGUCUCAAGAACUCGGGAAAAUUCAUAGAAAUGAAUAAUUUUCAUAAAAUUCUUGAAAUCUACAAAACUCGAGUCCUCAAAAUUUUCGUUUUGAGCCCCAGAAAGCUUCAGAUGAAUUCUAGACACGAGUUUCAGAUUCUCCAGGUGGUUACGGUCAGUUUGACACCCCACAUGACCUAAUUUUUGAAUUUUCGCUGCGGGACCCUACAGUAACCCGAAAUUUCAAAAGUUUCCGAAACACACCGUGUUGGGUGUCAAAAUUAUCAGAAAAACAUGUAGAACACGAAUUAUAGAACAAAAACCUGUAGACAUUUUGGAGUUUUGGGUUACUGUAGGGAUCCCGCCACGAAAAUUCUCAAAAUUGUCCAAAACACACCGUGUUGGGUGUCAAAAUUAUCGGAAAAACAUGUAGAACACGAAAUUCAAAUUAAAAACCUAAGUUUUUCACAAAAUCCGGGAAAUAUGAGCCUUAGAAAGGUUAUGGUAGAUUUUGAAUAUCACCUCGUGAUUCUUCAAGCUUUUCUGGUUACUUAGACACCCCACAUGAUUCAUUUUGGAUUACUGUAGGGGUCCCGCCACGAAAAUUCUCAAAAUUGUCCAAAACACACCGUGUUGGGUGUCAAAAUUAUCGGAAAAACAUGUAGAACACGAAAUUCAAAUUAAAAACCUAAGUUUUUCACAAAAUCCGGGAAAUAUGAGCCUUAGAAAGGUUAUGGUAGAUUUUGAAUAUCACCUCGUGAUUCUUCAAGCUUUUCUGGUUACUUAGACACCCCACAUGAUUCAUUUUGGAUUACUGUAGGGGUCCCGCCACGAAAAUUCUCAAAAUUGUCCAAAACACACCGUGUUUGGUGUCAAAAAUCAUCAAAUCUCACGAACAUUUCGAAAAAAAAAACACUAAAUUUUUUUCCAGAAAACCCAGGAGCCCGUGACGAUCUUUUCGACGUCUAUUCACCCGAAGUGUUCGUUCGAGAAAUCGAAGAUCGACGUCUUCGAACUCAGAAACUUCUCGAAGACAACAGUUUGCAGCGAAUCAAGCGACCGCUGGAAGUGCGCAGUGUUGCGCCGCUUGCGCGUGUUCGCCCCUCGUUUGGAACUCGCGCGUUGGCGCCGCCUAUCGCCGCGCAACUCGCUGGCGGAAAUGCAAAUCCCUUCGUUGACACGUAUUUUAGUGGUGAGUUUUUUUUAGGGUUACUGUAGUUUUGAUCUACAGUAACCCAAGGCUUGUUUACUAUCAAAAAAUCCGAAAUUUUCGAUCUACAGUAACCCAAGGCUUGUUUACUAUCAAAAAAUCCGAAAUUUUCGAUCUACAGUAACCCAAGGCUUGUUUACUAUCAAAAAAUCCGAAAUUUUCGAUAUACAGUAACCCAAGGCUUGUUUACUAUCAAAAAAUCCGAAAUUUUUGAUCUACAGUAACCCAAGGCUUGUUUACUAUCAAAAAAUCCGAAAUUUUUGAUCUACAGUAACCCAAGGCUUGUUUAGUAUCAAAAAAUCCGAAAUUUUUGAUCUACAGUAACCCAAGGCUUGUUUACUAUCAAAAAAUCCGAAAUUUUCGAUCUACAGUAACCCAACCCUUGUUUACUAUCAAAAAAUCCGAAAUUUUUGAUCUACAGUAACCCAAGGCUUGUUUUCUAUCAAAAAAUCCGAAAUUUUCGAUCUACAGUAACCCAAGGCUUGUUUACUCUCAAAAAAUCCGAAAUUCCCUCCCUACAGUACCCACAAAUUUUCCAGACGAGACCUCCGAUCAUCGAAAACGCUACAAAGUGCCGAUUCGAAUGCCAACAGUUCUGUCAUCCACUUCCUCUUCUUCAAAUCUACCAUCAACAAGUUCUGGAAGUCCCCUCAAAAAAUCGGCUGAAAUUGCGAAUUUGGCUGAAAUCCCCGUCGAAAUUGCGCCGCAACCGAUCAAUUUCAACUCGAGAUCGAGAAUUACGGAGCGGUGCAAUUUUCGCGAUAUUUAUACGUAUAAUGCGGUGGUGAAAGUGGAGGAUGCGUGUACGGUAGGUCAGACGGGAGGGUACUGUAGGAAAUUUGAAUAAAACUACAACACUCCGCGAUUUCACGGAAAUUUUUUGGCGCCAAAAAUUGAAAAUUUAAAGUUUUAAAACAUUUCUGAAAACAAAUGCCACGUGGAAAAAUCGAAAACUACAACACUCCGCAGUUCCACGUGGAUUUUUUGGCACGAAAAUUGAGUUUUUGAAAAUAAAACUACGACACUCCGUAGUUCCGAAAAACAAAUUUGCGCGCGAAUUUUGAAAAUUCGAAUUAAAAAAAAUUUAAUUUAAUAAAAACUACGAUACUCCUCGAUUCCUAAAACCAAAUUUGUGCGCGAAUUUUGAAAAUUCGAAUUUAAAAAAAAAAUUUAAUAAAAACUACGACACUCCGCGAUUCCGAAAACCAAAUUUUAGCGCGAAAUUUGAAAAUUCGAAUUUUUUAAAAUUUAAUUUCAAAAAACUACAACACUCCACAAUUCCGAAAACCAAAUUUUAGCGCGAAAUUUGAAAAUUCGAUUUUUUUUAAAGUUUAUUUUCAAAAAACUAUGACACUCCGCAAUUCCACGUGCACAUUUUUGCAGGCGCUUAUUCAAAGACUUCAAACUUGUCAGCAUAGUCGAGUGGCCGUUGGAUACAAGGAGAAAAUUACGAGUAUUUUGAGAAAAGCCAAUCAGGAUGACGCGUUGAAUGUGGCGGCUACAGAAGGUGAGCAGUUUGGGGGGUACUGUAGGUUUUCGUGGCGGGACCAAGUUGACGAUUUUUGUGAUCUACACAAUACGCUCGGCAGUUUGACACCAAACAUGACAUAUUUCUGACAAAAUUUGCAGUUUGGGUACUACUGUAGGAGUCCCGCCACGAAAAUAUACCGUGUUUGGUCUUAAAAUGACCGUAACCACGUCAGGAUUACCGUGUAAAGCUAGAAUUUUGCAGGCGACGUCGAAAAAUCGUGGGUAAUUGCUCGGCCGAUUCGUGGGCGCCCGCCCAAAAAACGCGGCGAAGAUGAGAAACAUUUGGGUGAAGAAGAAGAGAUUGAAGUUGAAGAGGGCACCGCCGCAGCCAAAAAAUCACGCUUAGAAGAACAUUUGGAGGAGGAUGAGGAACAACAUCUGGAAGAAGCUGCUGAAAUUCCAGAACAACCUGAAAUUGAGCAGCAGCAGCAAAUUGCAGAAGAAGAAGAGGUGGAACACGUGGAUUUUGAGGUCGAGGAGCAGCCGCCGCAGAUGAAUUUGGGAGCCGGUGAAUCGAGAGCUGGAAGACCUAGAAAAACUCCAGCCAGGCUCGUCGAGCAAUAA